CUGAGUGACGCUCACUUAUGCUCAACAGGAAAACAUCAACAAGGCUGGGGGGAAAUAGGGUUUUCUAAACAAGAGCCGCGAGUGCUAUGCAGAGCAGCCGCAACUGGACGGGAUCCAUCGAUCUGUCAGCAUUUCAGGAGGAGUUCGAGUCACCUGCGGGAGAAGCGAGGAGAGGCGGAAGAAGCUCGCGAUGAUGGGAAACCUGAUCCUCAUGGUGCUUCUGCUGGCGAACCUGCCGACAGAGCUGCUGUCCAUCCAGGUCAUCGUUCCGGAGACUGAACGGAGCACCACCUUGUUCGCCUCGGUCAUCCUGCGCUGCGACUAUACCACGUCAGCCAACCUGCAAAAUGUCCGGGUCACUUGGAAGUUCAAGUCUUUCUGUAAAGACCCCGUGCUGGAGUACUACUCCACAGCGUACCAGGCGGCUCUGCAGCUGGGUCAGGACCCCUCCAACGACUGCCCGGACCGCCAGCGCACCAUCCGUACUGUGAUCCAGAAGACUGGCAUCAAUGAGCCCAUACUUGGCGUGGACUACAGGGAGCGAAAGAUCACCAUUCGGAACAAGGCCGACCUGGUCAUCACCGAGGUCAUGUGGUGGGACAACGGGGUGUAUUUCUGCACCGUCGACGCCGACGGCGACACAACCGGCGACUCGGACCGUGAAAUCAAACUCAUUGUCUACCACUGGCUGACGGUGCUGCUGAUCAUCCUGGGCGCCCUCCUCCUCAUCAUGCUGCUGUGCAUCUGCUGCUGCCAGUGCUGCCCUCACAAGUGCUGCUGCUACGUCCGCUGCCCCUGCUGCCCGAAAACCUGCUGCUGUCCUGAGAAAGCUGUAAUGCAGCACCGGAUGAUGCGAGAGGCUCAGAAGGCCAUGGCUCCGUGGAUGAGCGGCCAACCCAUUUACGCCCCCAUCGCCUCCAACGCUUCCUCUCAGGGGGUCCCAAUCCUCUACUCAGGUUCGUACUCGGACUACCCAACCAAGCCGAACUUUGCCAUGCCCCCCAUGCAGAUGGCUCCUCUGCAGCAGCAGCAGCCCCUUCCUCUUCGGCAUCACGUGAACGGCAGCACUUCAGGUAGCGUUCAGGCCAACAACCAAUUCCUGGACCUCCUGGAGAACCAGGUCAGGGGUCUGGACGUAGCUGCGCCUCCCUUGCCGGUGCCGCCACCUCAAAAUACACACCCGAUGCAACCGCAUCCGCAGCCGGCUCCUCCAGCAGUCCCCUUCACCCCGGGCCCUCCAAGCAUGCUGUCCGCUCUAGAUGAGAUGGGGGUGCGAGGCACAGAGAGAAGGGUCAUCACUCUGCCGCCCAUUAUCCAGCGAGUUCCCAGCUUCUCGCGCAGGGGAGCGGCAGGCGACAGAAGCAGAGGCGGCACCAGAUACUCCAGUCAGUCCAGCGGGAGCACAAACCCCCCGUCCAGAGGUUUCCAGAGAGACGAGCGGAGCUACCGGGACACUUCUCCUCCCAGGAGAGGGAUCUUACGCGAGUACAGCGACGAGUCCGACUGGGAGAACAGGCGAGGGAGGCCAGCAAACCGGGAUCAGAGGACUACCAGAGGAGAUUCAGCAGGACGGAGUAGAGGGGGAUCCAGGCCGCGCACCCGCAGCCGGGAUAAUCUUCUAGAUGAGCUGCAGAGUAGAACCACGCGCAGGCAGAGGAGCUACUCGCCACAGCCCCGCCAAGGCUCCUGGAGCUCAGACGAGGACGACAGGAGGAGGAGGAGAGGCGGGAAAGGCAAGGAUUGGCCGGAGAAGCCUCCCAGUUACUCCUCCAUUGAGAUCGCACCUGGACACGGUGGCGGCCGGAGAUACUAUGAUCAUUCUUCUGAUAGAAGCUCCCGUAGCGGCAACAGCGUAGUCAUCUGAAGCAUUUCCACUUUUUUUCCUAAACGUUUCAUCUCCAGUGAAAAUGAAGACUUCACUUUGUAGUUUGCAUGUACGUAGUAAAUUACAUUCCAAAUGACUGUUUUGUUUUAUAGAAAUGUUGUGGUAAUUUAUAAUCUGGUGGUGGAUAUAGACGUUUUUUAUGUUGUUUUAAUCCAAGCUUCCUUGUAAAUUGACGAAACGUAAAAGUUGAUCUGAAAGACUGCAAGUUAUUUUAAAAUGUUUCCUGUUUCCAUGAGUUUUCUGUGUUUUGAAAUAAACAUU